GUUGGUUCCUACCUACACCAACAAAGCUGAACUGGAGAUCAUUUCUCCCCCCGAACUGAAGCCUUGUCCUGCCCCGUUUGCCUUUGGCUGCUUAACGAGAGGAAACGCCUGUCUUGUGUUCACGGGACUCCCCCGUCUCUCGGUUACGGGUGGUCUCCGGUCCGCUGCUCUUAGUUUGAGUUAUCGUGCAACAACAGCGGCAGCAGUGUUCUCGGAGCGCGGCACCUGAACGCCGCACGGCGCCAGCAGCAGCGGUACCUGAACGCCGCACGGCCGCUCCGCUCUGCGGGGAGGGAUGAGGACAGAGCCGGCCGCGGCGCUGCGGGUGUCCCGGCAGGGUCGGUAGGCGGGUGGCAGCUCGGUGCGGAUCUCCGUGUUGGAGGAGAGCAGAUGUUGUGAGAGGAACUCGUAAAAGCAGCACCCCAGUGUACUCCAGGGCCGGUCUCGUGAAUUUAAACCUCCCUGCUUGCUCUCCCCUGGUCUUGUCCUGGGCUUUUCCAGCGACACGAUGAGCGCCAUGCGUGUGGACGCCAAAGUGGUGAUGCUGGGAAAGGAGAGUGUGGGCAAGACAAGCCUGGUGGAGAGAUACGUUCACCAUCGCUUCCUAGUUGGCCCUUACCAGAACACUAUUGGUGCUGCUUUUGUCGCCAAACCCAUCCAGGUGGGAGACAAAGUGAUUACCCUGGGAAUAUGGGACACAGCUGGAUCCGAGCGCUACGAGGCCAUGAGCCGCAUCUACUACAGAGGAGCCCGGGCCGCGGUCGUCUGCUACGAUCUGACUGACAGCAGCAGCUUUGAGCGAGCUCGCUUCUGGGUGAAAGAACUGCAAAACUGCGAGGAGCACUGUAAGAUCUACCUGUGUGGCACUAAAAGCGACCUGAUCGAAGGAGACCGGAGCGUACGCCAAGUCGACUACCACGACUCCCAGGAUUUUGCUGAAGAGAUCGGCGCGCAGCAUUUCGAGACUUCCAGUAAAACAGGAAAUAAUGUGGAUGAGCUGUUUCAGAAAGUUGCUGAGGAUUAUAACAACACUGCUUUCCAGUACAUGACAGAAGAAACGGGUGUCGACUUGGGCCAAAAGAAAGACUCGUACUUCUACUCCUGUUGUCACAACAACUGAUGUGGAGCAAUGGGAAUUUGGGAAAACAGACGCCCCACAUUGUCUGGGAUGAAGUCAAACCUGGAUAUGCUGGAUGGCUGAAACUAAUCCCUGGAUGUGGUGUCACAAAUCACAGAAAAUCUAAUCAGUACUGUUUGUACCCUGUAAUAUAGGUUUCUUUUUUCUUUUUCUUUUGUGCCAUAAAGAACUGAGACCUGCAAGACUUUAUAGGAGAAGAUCUGCUGCUCUGACAUUCUGAAACCGAUAUAGAUGGAUUUAAAGACUUUGCACUUGUGUUUUACCGCAAAAAAUCGACUGUACAGAAGGGAGCAAACCUCACUAAAGCUGCAGGGUCAAAUCACUAGGACUAGUGGUUGAAACAUGCAGUGGUUUAAAAAGCGAAAACAGUGGUGUCAGAAAAGAGGGAGCCCACUGGACUGGCAGGAAAAACUGUGGAUGGAAGCAGUUUAUUGUUGAGCGAGUGCUGUGUUUCAGUAGAACUGGUUUGUUCAUAGCUAGUAUUGUUUAACCUUGUUGUCACAGCACAGAUGACAUAUUGUUUAAGCCAUCAAAAACCCCAAACACUCUAUUGUAACUCAUAUUACCCCUUAUAAUGCUGGUAUAACAUAAGAAAAAAAAAGCCUUUGUACCAAUAGUACAAAUGACUUACUUUCUACUUUCAGAUCUUUCGUGUUUACUACAACUUUUGCUGCAAGACAACCAUGGAUGUAUUGCAGGAGCUGAUGCACGCCUCAGCUUAGUCAUUUUUUUGCAUUGAAAAAAACAUUAUGUGGCCUAAAAGAAAAUUCCCCAAAGACAGAAUAAGUGGAACUGCCAACAAGAGUUUUUUCAAGGUCCGUGUACUUUGCGGCCAUC